AUGUCUUCUGCCGAGAGCUCUGCUCCAGCGCCCACUGCCAAUGGGACCACGUUGAAGGACAAUCUGAUCGACAACGCAGCUGCGGCCGUCAACACUGUGCAAAACCACCCAAUCACUCAAAAUGUUGUCAAUGGGCCCGUGGCAACAUCCAUCAAGAACGAGGCUGGUGCCACUGCUUCUGAGUUCAGCGACCUUGCUGGCUCUCGCCAACAACCAUCCUACACUGCUGCCAAUGACACUCCUCUGACAUACUACCAUUCCUUCUUCUACACUUUGUUGAGCUGGAAGAACAAGCGAGCUACUGGAAUCACCUUUGUAUCCGUUCUUGCACUCAUUUUUGCCUUCCGAUACCUACCCAUCCUUCGAUACCUCCUCAAGAUAUCCUGGAUGACUCUUGGUGUCGUCACACUUGCCGAGGCUUCUAGCAAAGCUUUGGUGGGCUCAAGCGUUGCGGGUGCUGUCCGGCCACGGAGAUACUACACGAUUCCAAAGGAGACCCUGGAGGCUACCUUGGACGACCUUGAGAACUUGAUCAACUUUUUCAUCAUCGAAGGUCAGCGAAUCGUCUUCGCCGAGAACGUGCCGGUGACGGCAGCGGCUUUCCUGUCCGCGUUCGUCACCUACUAUCUUAUCAAACUCCUCCCACUCUGGGGCGUGUCUCUGGUUGCUACAGUUAUUGCUUUCCUCGGUCCUUUGAUCUACCUCGAGAACAAAGAAUUGAUCGACUCCCAACUCGAGCAAGCUGGUCAUGUCAUCAAUCAACAGACCAGCCAGAUCAGGGACUUGACUGCUCAGCACACAAGCAAGGGUUUGGAAUCUGUCAAGCAAUACACUGGCACAUAUGCGGCUAAGGCACAAGAGGUGGUUGGAAGUGCUAGACAGAGAAUCCCCUCUCCAACCACUAGCAAACCCGUGAAGGAGGCCGACUUCCCAACAGCACCGAAAUCUGACUUCUCCGCGUCUUCGGUUCAGGAGCCAAAGACUGAGACCGAGCCACUCCUCGCGGCUUGA